ACCUCCACCUGUGAAUGUAUCUCCCCUCAUCUCCCAAACAAUAAACUUACUUCUCCUCCUUAGUGUCCAACCAGAAGAUCCUCCUUCCUGUUCAUCACGUUUCAAUAAAUCUUUCUAACCUUCAGAGUCUCCAAGCUGCCAUGACUUCAUGUCUUUCUGUGUAAACCGUCUCUCUCCUUCUAAUAAAUGUAAAAAUCCUGCAUUUCCCAUUUGCUUCAUACAGUCUAGACUGUAGGAGUCAACCCAGGUAAUCUGGACCAGCAUUUAAAUGAUCCGGUCAGCGACCAGCUGCUAAUAUAAUCACAGAACUACUUUCUGUGACACAAGAAACUAAAGAAUUAAGAGUUAAUCUUUCUGUAUCGCAGUUUUCCCGCUGCUCCGUCCUAACCAGCAGCUCAUUAGGCAGACCUGGAACUCCAGGUUUACUCUGCGGAGCUGCGCUCAGCCACAUGUUUAGUGUUUUAACGCAGCUGAGGAUCCGCUGCGUAUUAUUUAUUCUUUAACAGGUUACUCCGGCUCUAAUUAUGUAGGUACGUGGUGCUGGUGCGCAUGCGCCUGACCCAGCACAGGACUCUGGUCGGUGCGUGGAUUAUUCGGACUGUAGUUCCAGCUCCAGCGGACGCGCAGAGCGCAGCCGUGAGGUUCCGGUCCUCCCGGGCUCUGUGUGGUGCUGUCUCUCCUCUCUCCGGCAGCUCCCAGCCGCCUCCAUCGCUCUCCACCAGCAGGAGACCGAGCAGGCCCCUCACAGCCGCUACACGGUGGCCCCCAGCCCGGCUCAUUCCAGCCGCACACCUCGGCAGGCGAGACUGCUGCUGGGUCCCCGGAGACCCCCCCCCCUCCCCCCUGUGGAGGCCAGCUUGCCGGAUAGCGCCGCGGCUACGAAGCGGGGCUGUGAUGGAACCAUAAACAGAGCGCGACACGCACGCACACGCGCACACAGACGCGCCACAGCCGGGCCCGGAUCGCGCUUGAACUUGGCCCUUUGGCCCCCCCUGUGUGAGGGCAGGGGCCGCGGAAGCGUCGCCCCUCCGUGGCGCCGUGGGGAGGUUAUUGUCUGUGGAAGGCUGACGCGCUCUUCGCAGCGGCCCCUGCGCUGUCAGACGAGGAAGUGAGCUUCACACACGCCCAUCUGAGCCUGGCGAGGCAGCGCAGAGCCGUUCAUCAGAUAAGAGCCGCCGACUCGAUCAACAUGCGCUCGCCUUCCGAUGGAGAGCUCCGGGAGUGAGCUGCGCCACGACGCCGAUCUGUGCAGUGUGUUCCAGUGUUGAAUGAUGGACAAGGAGCUGGUUCAGCAGAGCCAAUCAGAGCCAGCCACCAAUGGCCCCGCCCCCUCCACCCCCACGACCCCCACCCCUCCACGCCUCAUCCCCAACCCCAUGCUGCUGGACUCCCCCGCGCCCACGCUAACCCCCACCACCUCCUCCCCCCCGCCCCCCCUCACCCCGGCCCCCUCCGUCUCCUCGGGCCUCGGCUCCAAGGUGGCGUCAGUGGGCGGGGCUCUGUCCCCUCACAUCCUGGUCCCAGCUCCGCCCAAACUCACCUCCACGGCCGCCCCCGCCCUGCGCACGUACUCCCGCCCCAUCCUCCCCUCCCCGACCACCAAGGCGCCUCCUUCCACGCCGGCCUCCUCCUCUUCCUCCUCCGCUGCCACGGCGACCGCAGCUCCAGCCCUGCCCUCCUCUUCGUCCGCCGUGACGCACAUCAGCACCACGCCCUCCACCAGCCUGACCAAUGGGAACUCCCGACCCGGGCCCACCUCCACCACGCCCAUCACGCCGUUCCACACCCCGGCCAGCCCACCUGGCAGACAGGUGCAACAGCCUCAUCCUGUGGGAACACCUGGUCCUGUGCGAGCCAAUCAGAGCCCCUCACCUGUCAGGCAGAGGGUAUCCCAGCAGGCUUUGCUACUGGGGAAAGGUCUCAAAGGGUCGGGCCAAGACCAGGUGCUGCUGAGAGCUCAGAUGCUCAUUCUUACGUCCGCUAUGCGACCUGCGCAGUCACCCUCCUCUUCCUCCUCCGCCCCUUCCUCUAACCCCGCCUCCGCUCAGCUCCAGAGCCUCACCUUGAGGCCUCCGCCCCCCGGGACUCUCACCAUCCCCCCGUCUCUGCGGCUGAAGCCCCCCCCCUCGGCCCCGCCGCCCCUCUCCCGCCCCACCGUCCCCGUCUUCCCCCCCCUGAGGCCGCGGCCGCAGCCCAGCGGCACGGAGAGCCCGACCACGCCCAGCCGCCACCUCGCCGUCCCGCCUCCAACUCUCUAUUCUCCAGUUCGAGCCGUCCCUCUGAGGCCGAGGCUUCACUCGCCCACCGCUCACCGAGUCUCCGCCCCCCGCCAGACCGCCGCCCUCCAGCCCAUCGCCGCCGCCCCCUGCGGUCCGGCCGCGCCCGCCGCCAGGCCGCCGUCCGGCCCGAGGAGCUGCCCGCCGCCGCCGGCCGCUCUGGGCCCGCCGCCGUCCGCCGCCGGCCGCUUCGAGCGCUCGCCGUCAGCCGCCAGGCAGCUGCAGAUCAUCGCCCUGUCGUCCAAUCAGCAGCCGCCGGCCGCCGCCUACGCCCGCCCCGCGGUGCCGUCCAAGCCCGCCGAGCCUCCUCCGCCUCCGCCGCCUCCCGGCCAAUCAAAACGGACUCUGAGCAAGGACGACGGCGGUCUCCUCCCCUUGAAUCCCUCCUCCUCUCCGCUCACGCUGACCAAGAGGAGGGAGGCGAAGGAGAGCGAGGAGCGAGGAGGGAAGGCGGGGCUCAGAGAGGAGCGCGGCGGCGGCAGAGAGCUGCAGGUGGAGAAGGAGGUCCAGACGGAGACGGUGAAGCUGGAGAAGCCGGCUGAGGAGCAGGAGGCCGGACCCAAACGGGCCCGGGACCGCAUGGAGGAGGAGGAGGCAGAGAGGAGAGGGACGGGGAAGAAGAGGAGGGUGGAGGAGGAAGGAGAGGACGCCUCCCACGGCCGGACCGGCCCGCUUCAGAACCAGAACUCAGAACCGGGUCCGGGCGCCAUCAGAGACGCUGAGCCGGUCCCGGUUAAAACCCCGUUAAAAGGAACCGUCCCGGUCCAAACCCCAGGAACAGAACCCGACCCGGUGGAACCAGCGCCGGUACCGGGACCGGUUCCCUUUAAAGCGUUGGUGAAAGGACCCGUUUCAGCUAAAACCCAAGCGAAAGCGCUGGUUCCGGUACCGAUACCGGUAACCGGACCAGCACCGGUAAAAGGACUGGCUUCAACCCAGACUUCAGCAACAGAACCCGUUCCAGUCGAAGCACCGGUACCAGGACCGGUUCUGGUCCAGACACCAGUACCAGGACCGGUUCUCGUUAAAGCCUCAGUAAAAGGACCCGUUUUGACUCAAGUACCAGGACCGGUUCCGGCCCAAACGCCGGUACCAGGACCGGUUCCGGCCCAAACGCCGGCAUCAGGACCAGCACCAGCUAACAUCCCGGUAAAAGGACCAGCUUCAACCCAAACUCCAGUACCAGGACCGGUUCCAGUCAAAGCUCCUCUAACGGAACCACUUCCGACCCAAAAGCCAGUGGCAGAACUGGUUCCGGCCCACAAACCAGUAACAGGACACGUUCUGGUCCAGUCGCCGGCGCCAGGCCCGGUUUCCGAGGUGUCAGGGUCCAAUCAGAGGCUACCAGAACCUCAGCGAGACCUCCAGCCCAGCCAGGAGGACUUCUGCGAGAACCUGUCCACGCAGUCCGACAACCAGUCAGCCUUGUCCAGCCUCUCCUCCCAGUCUCCCCCCUCCUCCCCCUUCAUCGUCUCCUCAUCAGAAAACCCGCCCCCCCUCCUCCCAGCAGACCUCAGCCUGCCGCAGCACGAGGCGCCCGAGGCCGACAAGACGCCGCCAGAGUCCCGUCGGGACCAACCCGAACCCGUCUGCCAAUCAGAGGACGAGUCUGAGAGCUGUGGCCAAUCGCUGGGCAGCCCCUGGGAGAUGAAGGCGUGGCCUGAGGGCCGACAGGUUCUGACUCACCUGGUGGAGGGCUUCGUCAUUCAGGAGGGGCUCCAACCGUUUCCUGUGAACCGCUCCUCGCUGCUGGUCCCUGACCAGGUGAGCAAAGCCCAGGAAGUGAACGGGACCAAUGGGAGAGCGGCGCUGCCCGCGGCGGACCCCGUGAAGCCGGCGGCGCCGUCCACAGACUCAGAGGAAGAGGACGGCGGAGACGAAGGCGACCUGGGGAACAAGUCGGGCCACAGAGAUCGCACGGUGCUGCACUGCCAGUUCUGCGGGAAACGAGGCCACGCCCACAACUUCAUGCGGUCCAAACGCUUCUGCUCCACGUCCUGCGCGCGCGGGUUCAACGUCCGGCUGACGAAGCGCCUGAGGGCGCUGAGCGCCGGCAGCCGGUCGGAGAGGCCCCGCCCGGCUCUGAACCGGGCCGAGUCGGUACCAGGGAAACCGCUGCUGCUGCGCCUGCCUCGCGAUCUGUGGAGCGCCGGGCGCCGCGAUAAGGACGGGAAAGAGAAGCCGGCGGCGGAGCAGAAGGACGAGGACGAAGACGUGGAGGCGUCCCCGCAUGUCUUUGGCGGGGCGGAGGAAGACGACGACGACGGAGGAGAGGAGGACCCCGCCGUCGCCAUGGCAGCCAGGAUGGAGCGGCGGGCGGCCCGCAGAGCGAGGAGGGCGUCUGCGCCCGCCGUCUCGGCCUCCACGCCCACCACCACCUUCCGCCCCGCCCCGUCCCAGUGGAGCGUGGAGGAGGUGACGGCCUUCAUCCACGCGCUGCCGGGCUGCGGCGACGUGGCCGAGGCCUUCAGGCUGCAGGAGAUCGACGGCCAGGCUCUGCUGCUGCUGACCGAGGACCACCUGAUGACCAGCAUGAACAUUAAACUGGGUCCUGCUCUCAAGAUCUGCGCCCACAUCAACGCUCUGAAGAACCAGUAACGAGGAAGAGGAGCGACGGCCGGGCAGACGAAGGCGGGGCGGGCGGAGAACCGAGGAACCUGGAGACUUAGGGGUUUAUCUGGUCCCAGCGGGCCGAAGCUGACACCAAGGAUGACAGAACAAAGUCACAAACAGAGGAAAUGGUUGGCAGUUUAUAAUUUAUGGCGUUAAAAAGGAGGCGUGGCCUUAGCGGACCGGAGCGGAGCGGAAACCCGGCGUAGCAGGAAACCUGGAGAGUUUUUGUACCUUUCUGUAUAUUUUACACGCCACUGGAGAGUGUACAUUUCAAGCUAUUUCAUGAAGGAUUUUGAACAUUUAAUAUAUGAAAUUUGUCUAUUUAGUUUUUUUAGAGUGUGACGUCAACGACAAAUCUAUCCCCGUAGCUAACAUAACGUCAGCGUGUGUGUGUGUGUGUGUGUGUGUGUGUGUGUGUGUGUGUGUGUGUGUGGAAGAGCAAAAGGUGAUAAUCUGUAGAGUUUGUAAGCGCUUCAUCAAAGUUGGAUGUUUUCUAUCAACAUAUUUCUGUGGGUUCAAAAAAAAAAGAGAGAAACCAUCACUAUCAGGGUAGAGACCGGUGUCUGCAGUCGUCACGUUUUUAUGAUAUCCUGCUUGAAAUUAUUUAAUAAAUGAAUAAUUAAUCAAACAGA